AUGACGUCAGCGCGCCAGCCCGAAGUAACGUGUGCUCCUCUCGUGGAACUUCCGCCCUGCACGUGUGUUUACUGUGCCACAAGCUAGCUAACAGCCACAUUAGCAUCAUCCGUUAUUACACGGUAACUGUGUGUGAAACAUGGGGAAGCUGAACGUGGUGGUGUUGAGAUAUCUGUCCAGAGAUGACUUCCGGGUCCUCACAGCGGUGGAGAUGGGGAUGAAGAACCACGAGAUAGUUCCAGUGAGUCUCUUGUCGUCCAUCGCGAGCCUCAAACACGGCGGCUGCAACAAGAUUCUCCGAGAACUCGUCAAGCACAAGCUCAUAGUCUACGAACGCUCAAAAUCUGUGCAGGGCUACAGGUUGAACUACGGAGGAUAUGACUACCUUGCCUUGAAGACUUUCUGCGCCAGAGAAGUGCUCCUUUCAGUUGGCAACCAGAUGGGAGUGGGUAAAGAGUCAGACAUUUAUAUUGUGGCGAGUCCAAGCGGGGAGCAGUACGCACUGAAGCUUCACAGGCUGGGUCGCACGUCCUUCAGGAACCUAAAGAACAAGAGAGAUUACCACCAACACAGGAAGAACAUGUCCUGGCUUUACCUCUCUCGCCUCUCUGCCAUGAAGGAGUAUGCCUACAUGAAGGUAUUGUACGAUCAAGGUUUUCCCGUUCCCAAACCUGUGGACUACAACAGACACGCUGUAGUGAUGGAGCUCAUCAAUGGAUAUCCACUGUGUCAGGUACCUAAGCUCCAGGAUCCAUCAGCCCUGUACAGUGAGUUCAUGGAGCUCAUAGUCAAACUGGGCAAUCACGGCCUGAUUCACGGCGACUUUAAUGAGUUCAACCUCAUGUUGGAUGACCAGGACCACAUAACACUGAUCGACUUCCCUCAGAUGGUGUCCACGUCACAUCUAAAUGCUGAAUGGUAUUUUGACCGAGACGUGAAAUGUAUCAGAGAUUACUUCGCAAAACGAUACAAUUAUGAGAGUGAGCUCUUUCCAACCUUCAAAGACAUCACGCGGUCAUGUUCUCUAGAUGUUGAAGUCUCAGCUAGCGGCUUCACCAAAGAUCUGCUGAGAGACAGCGAAUUUCUACACCCAGCAGGACCUGAGGAAGAGGAGGAGGAAGAUGAUGAUGAUGAUGAAGAGGAGGAGGACAACAAAGAUGAAGAGGCAACAGAUGAGGAAGUAAAAAGAGAAGAGGAGAAUGUGGACAUGGAGGAAUACAAACAUGCAAUGCUGGAACUAGAAGGUCUGAAAGUCAGCGAUUCACAUGUAGACAGACAAGAUGAGGAGGAGGAGGAAGUGAGUGAAAAGAGGGAAGAACAGAAAGAGACUGAAACAGCACCUGCUGCCACAAGGGAUGAAAAACCAGAGGAAGGCGUAGAGGAAGAGUUGAAGGAAGCAGAGGAUGAGUGUUCAGAACUUUCCACCGCCAACAAAGAGUUCAAACCCUUCAGAGACUCGGACAGUCUCCUGCACUUGGCAGAACACAGGAGGAAGAGGACGGACAGUGAGGGCACAAUGGGCAGCAUAGGGAGCUGCUCUACCAUACCACCAGACGUGGUCCGUCAGAAGGUGCGGAGGCAGCUCACCAAACAGCAGAAGGCGGCACAGAGGAGACGUCUGCAGAAGGGAGAAGCCAACUUGGUUACCGAAUCUAGGAGGGACAACGAAAACAACAUCAAGUCUAGUAUGGAUGGCGCCGACUUCUGGGGAUGAAUGGGACUGCAGUGAUGGGCAGACGGCAUUCAUGUCAACAUGCCUUUUGUUUGGACAACAUGCAUGUGACAUGGGUCAUCCUUCACUGUCUGAAGAGUUUUAGACCCAUGAUGGUUCCUGGAAAAAUCCAACAAGACUUUGGGAAACCUGAGGGAGGAGUUACAAUUUAGAUCUGAAGUGAAAACAUUGUGAAUCUAUUUCCCUGUAUUUCACUAGGUGGCUCCCCUCAAUGUAUAAUGAUGAAGAAACAAUUGUCUGUUUGAGCUGCUGUGGAUUAUAAAGCUGUAAACACAGUCUAAUGUUGGUAUAAUGAAUCAAUUUGACAAUUAAACCAUUUAUAUGUUA